AUGCCUUAUAACCGAUAUGCUUUUGAUGAAUAUUUUCAUGUUCACGGCGAUAACCCCAUUAUAGACCCUUACACUGGCAAAUACUGUGCAGAUACCUUGCAUGAAGACUGGUCUCCUACUACUCCUCCUGUGGACGAGUUUGAUACUCCAUCCAAGACCAACAAUUCUCCUUAUAACCCUGCAUCUUCUCGGCCUCCUGCACCAUUGGGUAACAACAAUCCUUACCAAAAUGGGUUCCGCUUGCCUCCCAUCACCUCCUUCUACCCUCCACCAGUCUUGGACCAAUCUAGGAUUACCCCUCCUCUGAGCCAGUUCAAGCCUACCCCGACUUCUCCUGGCAAAGAGAAUGAGGGAAUCCAACGAGCGCAUGUUUCCGGUGGUCCUGAAGCUGGCAAGAAAGUUGGGGCAAGAAUCUGGACUGCUAAGGAUCUCAUUGAACUUGCGAAGAUCUGCGUAGAGUACAAGCCCUUCCUGCAGCCAUAUGGAAAGAAAGGGAAGGUUUGGGACAAGAUUUUUUAUGCGCUGAGUGAGCGUGGCUUCCGUUUAUCAAAGGUCCCAGCGCUCUCCUUGCGUCACAAAGCAGAAAGCCUCGUGGGCUACUGGAAGAAUCCUUCCGACAAUAACUCGAGCGUUAAGGCCAUUGCAAAGAUUCUUGACAAUAGCAUGGACAAGAUUACAAUUGCGGCGCUUAUGGACAGUGUUGAGGCGCAGUGGGAUGAAGCGAAGAAUAAGUCGGACAAGGCUAAAGCUGAUAUUCAGAAGAAGCAGGAUGAGGACAACGAAGGUGGGGAGGCUAUUCGUAUAGCAUCUAUGCAAGCAUUCCGUUCUCACAAGCGCGAUGCUAAACCACUUGAUGAUGAAGACACCGACACCGACACCGACAAUAAUAGUGGUUCUCGCAAGUCCGGCACUAAACGAAAGUUUUCCGACUCGAAUGUUACAAAAUCUCACAAGCGUCAAAGGUCAUCUGUUCGCCGGACUUCGAAUAACACAAAAAUCCUUGAUUUCCUUGAGAGCGAUGCCGAGGAACGUAGGUCCCAUCAGGAUAAGGUGGUAAUGCUGAUGGAGCGAGGGCAGAAAUUGACCCAGGAACAUGAGAAGGAAGUUGCCUCGAUUUUGCACGGUUUCUUGGAGCUUGAUCGUGCCCGGUUCGAACAAGAACGGAGGGCGUAG